UUGGGAUGCCCGAAUGAGCGGCAGCACACAAAUAGCAGCGGGGCCACCGGCUUCCUGGGGGGGACCCAGGGGAGAGGAGCCGAUUUAGCAGCGGCUCCUGCCGUAUUGCCGCAGAGACCUCCCGGCAGGGAGGUGCCUCCGUGCCACCGCCGCAGAGCUGCGGUGACGGGCAGCCACCUCCCAGCCUCUCGGAGACGGGGCUGUGGCACAGGAGCAUCGUGCUGCCUCCGGGCUCGCUGGCUCUCGAGGGCAUGGGAGCCAAGGAGCUGAAGACCCGCCUAGGGAUCCUGCUUCAUAAACCAGAGCUGGGACACAGGAUCGGGACCUCCGGCAAGCUGCAGCUGGGCUCCAGGCGGAGAGACUCCUCACAAGAGGUACUGGAAUGGAGGGAGUCCUUCGACCAGCUCCUGAAGAGUAAAAGUGGGGUGACGGCCUUCCACACCUUCCUGAAGACGGAGUUCAGCGAGGAGAACCUUGACUUCUGGCUGGCGUGCGAGGACUUCAAAAAGACCCGCUCGAAAACCAAGCUGGCCUCCAAGGCCAACAGGAUCUUCGAGGAGUUUGUCCAAAGUGAGGCGCCCAGGGAGGUGAAUAUCGACCACGAAACCAGGGAGAUCACCCGGAAGAACCUCUCGGGUGCCACCUCUGCUUGCUUCAAUGAAGCCCAGGCCAAGACCCGCACCCUGAUGGAGAAGGACUCCUACCCCCGGUUCCUGAAGUCCGCCUCCUACCAGGACAUGACCAGGCAGGCCACCAGCUGCGGCAUCAGCAAGCGGUCGCAUACCUGACCCGAGCCCGAAUCUGCCGCGGGGGGACGAGCCGGGGGACCAGGCAGAGGCUGAGAGACGGUUUGUGAGGGCCGAGGUCUGCACGGCGGGGUUUCAGCUAAGUCCUGGCAUUUUAGGAGGAUCUUCAGGACCUCAAGCGCUUCUGCUCCUCACCAAGCUGCCGGGAAGAGAGGUCCUCCCUCCCCGAAGGAGCGGAGGGGUGGGAAUGGCUCGAGUUGUGUGCCCGAUGCCUCCCCUUGCAGCACGGCCAGAGACCUGCACCACCACAGGGACAGAAAGAGAUCGGAUUUGCAAGCCCGGGAAAAAGAGACUGGAUUCCCCUGAGCAUCCACAACCAGAGAGCUCUCGCCUGCUCUCGGGACCCUGCCUCUGACCCGCAGAGCCAGCACAGGAGCCUGCGAUUCCCGCAGUGCCCGGGGGCAACCGCCCCAGACCUGCCUGCAGGGCUUUUCCUAUGAGGGAUCGUCCAGAAGAAAAGUCCAAAGGCUACGUGGCGUUGUCAGCCACGGACGGACCCUGCGCCUGCCUUCUCCUCAUCCUGAGAUCCUUAUUCUGCCGUUUCCUAUGCAUGCUCUGCAUCAAAGCUUUACACCUUCCUCCCGUACAGCGUACCCCGAGGAGUGACAUUUUUAUCCCUUGCUUAAGCUACAUGACCUUUAGAUUGCAUAACUUUUUAUUACUAUUAUUGUUAUUUAUUUCAUCAUUAUUUUUUUUUAUAUAUAUAUAUAUAUAUUUAUUGGAAGAGCACUGCUCAAAGCAUCCACGCGUCCCUUGCUCCAAGGAGCUUGUAAAUUAAAUUAUUUUAGGUAUCGUAGCACUUAGCAUGCCUCCCACCUUUUUCUGUGUAGUAACUGAAGAGAGAUGAGCAGAUGAGAGAUGUAACAUGACCAUGGAGCAAGGUAUGGGAAUAGCAGCAGCCGGAGCCGCGGUCCGGCAGGGCAGCCGGUUUCCCGUGAGCUCGGAGGACUGUUGAUGGCAGUAAGAGGACGCUUUGCAGCCCGUGCUGUUUCCUUCCUCCCCUUAAACUGAGCUCCGCGGACAGCAUCCCGGCACGUAGGCUUGCACGUUGUCCUAGACAGAGAAUAGCGAUGUAAAAUGGGCGCUUUGGUGAGCGAUCCUGUUGAAAGCCGGUUUUGUAAACAUGCAGGAGAGGGAACCUGGGGCUUUUCCCCAGUUGAAAAUUGGGUUUGGUGUUCCCUCGGCCGGUGAAACCAGUCUGCAGCCACGGCACCUCAGCAGAAACCUGGGGAGCCAGGAGAAACAGCCGUGUGCCCCGUGGAUUCAGCGUCUCGGGGUCGGGGGUGGGGGGCGGCAGGACAUUUCACCAGCUCAGACCCGUGGGGUGAGCUCUUCAGAAAGCCCCCCUGAGCAGAGAUUCCUGGAUCCCGCAGCCACCCUGGAAAAAGCGUGGGUCCCUUUUGGCAGCACGGGUGCCAGCAGCCGCCUGGGUGGGUGAUGGGGAGCCCACCAGUGCCAGGCCACCGGGAGCGUGCCACCAGCGUCAUUUCCUACUGGUGCAUCCUGGGGCUGCCACACGUACCUCCAUUUAUCCCUAAAGGCCAAACCUGGAGGUCUUUAUCCUCUUGGUACUCGCUCCUUGCCGAGGGAACCAUCUUUCCCCCCACCCCAGCACUGGCUGGAGCACAGGUUCGCUUGGGCUUUUCGCGGCUGUUUGAGCAGAGCAAGGGACCGAGAACCAGUUUGGGGAUGUUACUCUGAGUCUUCUUCCACUUUGCCUGUCUCGGUUCUACCUCCGAGCCUCAGUGGGUCCCGGCUGCGUUUACAGGGAGAUUUUAGCUGUUUUCUUAUUUAUUAUUUAUUUUUACAACUGGAACCACCUUCGUUGUGUUACUGAAGUCAAUGACGCACAAUGGUCCGUUUUCGUUACUAACACAAUAUUGUCAUUAUAAAAUAAAAUAUAAA